GCGAAUCUGAGAACGAGCAACACGCCGUUGAGGGGUCGCAGGGCUGUCGUUGAGUCGCCCACUCGCCAAUGCUGCCCCUGCCCGUCUUGACGACUACCUCAACAUGCUGAUGACGCAGACGCCUGCGUCGGCAUUUCAGGCUCAGAACACGUCGACCGGUUCGUAUGCGGGCUCAGCCGCCCGCCACUACCACAGUGAUUCCGCCGACUCCACGACCUCGUUGGACGUGUUCAGCGCCGGCCGCGACACUUCUUCUUACGUCCCAUACUUCACGGCAGACACGACCUCCGUCAUGAAUGGCAUCGUCGGCACGGCACCGGCAGGUGCCCUGUACGUGCGCGCCCUCUACGACUAUGAAGCUGACGACAGGACGAGUUUGAGCUUUCACGAAGGGGAUAUUAUUCAGGUCAUUACUCGGCUGGAGAGCGGUUGGUGGGAUGGCGUGAUCAACGGCGUCAGAGGCUGGUUUCCGAGCAACUACUGCCAGAUCAUCACGAGCCCGGACGAGCUGCCGGAGCUGGAAGAGGGCGCCGACACGGAGCGUUUGGACGACGAAAACGAUGAGCAAGAUGUCUACGAAGAAGGGAUCGACGACGACGACGACUUGUCUGACCACGACGACGGCGAGGGCCUCCCGCUUGAUGGCGCUGAACGUGACCGGUCCAGGUCCGACUUUUGGAUUCCGCAGGCCACAGCGGAUGGCAGGCUCUACUACUACAACACCAUGACAGGCGAGAGUAGCAUGGAGCUGCCGCUCGAGUCUCCCUCAUCACUCGCCGAAACGGGUCCUCGGGACCGCAUGAAUAUCACCAUCCCCGACAGGACGAGACCACCGCCCGAAAUGAUCGCCAGGGGCUUGACCCGGGAGGAUGAGGACGAGUCCGAUGUUAACUCGGCGUCGGAACCGGACGGCGAGGCGCUAAUGCGUGCCUCACGAGCUUCAGCUGCCCGCCGACCCAGUGCCAAAGACGGCAUUUCCCCUGCCACCUCGAUGGACUCGAUGAACGGCCAUUCCCCCGGGACGAGGUCACGUGGGGACACGUCUGCCAACGGUAACCUCCUGCACGCUCCCAUGGUCGCGUCGGCAACCUCAUUUACCAGCUCUACGUUCAACAUGCCCGCUACGGCUGCGAUUCCGCGCUCAUUUUUCGACGAUGGCUUUACUCCGCCUCUCACUUGGAGUCGCCUGGUUUCCAGCAUGAAGAAGUCGGUAGAUCGCUACCGCAACGCCAUUGAGACUGGCAACCGGUCCGAAUAUGUAGCACGCGCUGAGGAUAUUUCGGAUCACCUACGCCUUCUCCUCGCUGCUGGCUCGGGCACGACUGAUAACCAUUCCGGCCAACCUUCCAUCAUCUCCACCAACAAGGCGCUCUAUCCUCACUUCCGCGACAUGAUGUCCAAGUUCUCCAAGCUCGUCAUCUCGUCGCAUAUCGCGGCGGCCGACUGGCCGAAUGCAGAAUCAGUCCAAAAAUGCCUGCAGGAGGCUGACGGCGUUCUCUUGGGUGUUUACAGCUAUGUCGAGGUUGCGAGGCAGCAGCGCGGCGAGGAAAUUCCUCGGUUAUUCCCGGGUUUUGCUAUAGGGUCGAGCACUGGGGGCAGCUGGCAGAACAACGGUCUGAGUCCACGCGAUCCCAUCGCCUCCAAUUUCCUCGACGACGAAGAAGGCGUGGUGGAGCCCACGGCUGUCCUUGACGGCAAGCUCUUGGAGAGGUUGGACGAGCUCAAGCGGAUGCUGGUGUCUAGCAUUCGCGAGCUGGAAAAACACCUCGUGGCGAGCGAAAAGGUGGUCACCCCUUACAGGCACGAGAUGAUUGGUAACAACGUGUGCGCCGCUGGGGGCAAAGUCCUGGACAUGUUCAAGCCCUGGAUCGCCACUAUCGAAUCGAUUGACCUGUCGUUGCUCGGCAACAGCUUCCAGACGCCCCAGCUCACCGACUUCAGCACCAACAAGCAGAGUCUUUACGACAACAUUUCGGAUCUGCUCCUAGGUUGCCAGGCCGUCGCAGGGCCGUUGGCUGACGAGUGGUCUGAGGUCAGGGGCCAGGCACUGGAAGAGAGGUUGGAGUAUGUCCGGCAAUGUGCACGCGCGCUCGAAACCAACUCUUCCCAUAUCGGCUUUUCCCUUCAACUGCUCUCUGAGCAGGUCUCUAUGGUUCUCCAGCAGCACCAAGAGAUCCAUAUGCGCCAGGAAGUCGUACAGCGAGAGCAGCUCAGGAGGGUGGAAACAAUGCCGUACGAACGUCCGCAUCAGCGCACAGAAUCCCGCGGCCUGGUGCGGCCGUCAUUGCCGAUUGGGUCGCAAUCCUUCACUGAAGGCGAGGCCCUGCCAGCUAACUACCGGAAGGGCGAUCCGUCAAAGAUGAAGCGGUUCUUCGGGGAGGAUCCGGAACCUGUGCCACCGCCAUUGCCACCAGCGGCCGAGGUCGAGGAAGAGUUCUUGCGACUGGACCACGAGAACGAACUGUUGUGGGACUUCAAGGUCACGCCUCCGGCUGUCAGGGGUGGAUCUCUUGUUGCCUUGGUGGAGCAGCUGACGCGCCACGACAAGGCCGACAUGAACUUCAACAACACGUUCCUUCUUACAUACCGGUCCUUCACGACAGCACGCGAACUGUUUGAGAUGAUGGUCAAGAGAUUCACUAUACAGCCGCCCGAAGGGUUGUCACAAGCGGAUUACGAAACGUGGCAACACAGGAAGCUGAAGCCGAUUCGAAUCCGUGUCGUCAAUAUCCUCAGGAGUUGGGUCGACAACUAUUGGAUGGAAGAGCACAACGAGGAGACAAAGCAGCUGCUCCGGGAUAUGCACAACUUUGCCAGCCAAACAAUGAAAGCGACAGAAACAAUAAACGUGGAUCAAUUGGUGAAACAGAUAGAACAGCGGCUCAACGGUAAAGACUUGGGUGGACGCCGCAUGGUCCAGACGGUCAACCAGAACGCCCCGCCACCCAUCAUGCCUAAGAACAUGAAGAAGCUCAAGUUUCUCGACAUUGAUGUCGUCGAGUUCGCUCGCCAACUCACCAUCAUCGAGUCGCGGCUGUACGGCAAGAUCAAGUCGACGGAGUGCCUCAACAAGACGUGGCAGAAGAAGGUUGGGGAUGGAGAGCCGGAACCUGCGCCGAAUGUCAAGGCCCUCAUUCUGCACUCCAACCAGAUGACCAACUGGGUAGCAGAGAUGAUUCUGUCCCAGACCGAUGUCCGGAAGCGCGUGGUUGUCAUCAAGCACUUUGUGGCAGUCGCUGAUAAAUGCCGGCUCCUGAACAACUUUUCCACGUUGACGUCGAUCAUCUCGGCGCUGGGCACCGCGCCCAUUGCUCGCCUCAAGCGGACAUGGGAUCAGGUGCCACAGCGCAUUCAAGCCACCCUGGAGACCAUGCGCAAACUGAUGGCCAGCACAAAGAAUUUUGGCGAGUACAGAGAAGCUUUGCACGCCGCCAACCCUCCGUGCAUUCCAUUUUUCGGCGUGUACCUGACGGACCUUACUUUCAUCGAGGACGGCAUCCCGUCCGUCAUUAAGAAGUCCAACCUCAUCAACUUUGCCAAGCGGGCCAAGACGGCCGAGGUGAUUCGCGACAUCCAGCAGUACCAGAACGUGGCCUACUCGCUGCAGCCCGUGCCGGAGCUGCAGGACUACAUCCUGAGCAACAUGCAGGCUGCCGGCGACGUGCACGAGAUGUACGACAAGAGUCUGCAGAUUGAGCCGCGGGAGCGCGAAGACGAGAAGAUUGUCAGGUAGGCUGAACUUGCGUCCUCCUUUCAUCUUGCUUUUCUCCUAAUUCUUGGAUUCUUCUGUCUUGUUUGUUUCUCGAGCUGUGACGAGUUGGUUCUAA